CCAAAGCUAUCUCUAUCUUCAAGUUUAAUUGGCCGAAAAGAAAUUCAGAAGCUAGAGUUUUCUUUCAAUAUUUCAAUGGCAGGUAUUCCAUCUGGAAUCAGCAAGCUUGCCGUUGGCUCAGAUGAUGCUCGCCGCCGAUCACUGCAACCUCAAACUACUCCAGACACCAACAACACCGACACCGACAAAACCGACACCAACAAACCUGAUACCAAAACCGACAGUAACAGUAACAGUGACACUUCUGAAGAGUUCAUCAGUUAUGUGAAUUCUGCGAAGCAAGAUAUCAAAGGUCUUACCAACCUAACUGGAUAUGUGAAAGGCAACGCCAAUGGAGUCAUCAACUUUGGCACGUUGACAGCCUCCGAUCCCAGUGUCCAACCAUGAACAACAAUCCUCUCAUAUAAACCUAUGAUCAUGAUGUUGCCUAUAAUAUUGUUUUCAUAUAUGUUUCACACGUCAAAACCAUAGUAGCAUAUAAAAGGAGUUUCGGUGUAUGACUAUUAUCUAAGUUCAAAAGAUGUUGUUAUUCACAAAAAUAAAUAAAAUGCUUUAGAUUGUGUUCAUCUCG